CAGCCAAAAGUUGAAUGUAAUCCGCCAACCAAAUCAUAAAGAAGAAGAAGCGACUCAUCAGUAGCAGCUUGCUAAAAAAAAAAAGUUUAAAGUAUCCAGACACGUCCUGUGGAUGUUAGGCAAUAUGUUUUAAAUACACGUAUAUUUACACCUUAGUACCGCUAAUCGGUUUUAUUUCACAUCCAGUUAGGUACGACGUUGAUUGUCUGAUGCUAACGUUAUAGAUAACGUUAGAUGGCUACGUCCGUUUCGAUAGCACCAGUGGCUGAAGCUAGCUAGUUAACUUUUCACCAACACGCUUUCCAGAAAUGAACAAACGGCUUGUAACAAUUUAUAUAUUAAGUUAAAGGAUUCAUUUUACUUCGGUGAGUAAAGAACCGUUAGUGUCUCCAUAGUGCUGUGCUCUUUCGUCAAACCAGCUAGCUACUAUAGGUAUCUUCGUUGGUAUAUUGACCUAGCUAGUUUAUUAACUAACAUUCCCAACAAUGAGCUCACUAAGUUACUACCCCCUUGUUAAAGAAGAGGAGGUCUGCUGGACGGAGAAAGAGGGUAUGUUGGUGAACAGUGUCGAGGAAGUUAUUACAGUGAAGGAGGAGGAUGAAGAAGAGGAUGCCGUAUUUGGAGAGGAGAAGGAGGCUGCCACAGUGAAAGAAGAGGAGGAAGAAGCUUUCCGAAUGGAAAAGGAGGAAGAGGAGGCUAUCACAUUAAAAGAAGAAGAGGAUGUUAUAGUGAAAGAAGAGGAAGAACCUUUUGGAGAGGAAGAGCAGAAUAUCUCAGAAGAGGAAGACGUUUUAGGAGUGAAAGAGGAGGAGGUGACUGAAGAUCUGAUUAACACCAGAGAGAGACCAGACUCUCACUCUGACAGUGGGAAGAGCCCUUCAGAGGAACCAGACCCAGAGACAUCCAAACCAGCAAGACAACACCACUACUGCCACUGUGGAAAAAGUUUUUGGUGGUUAGGGCACUUUAGAGACCAUAAGAGAAUGCACAUAGGGGAGAAGCCUUACCAAUGCUCCCAGUGCGAAAAAAGUUUUAGCCACUCAUGGAGCCUGAAAUUGCAUAAUAGAAUACACACAGGAGAGAAGCCUUUCCACUGCUCCCUGUGUGGAAACAGUUUUACACACUUAAGGGCCCUGAAAAUACAUGAAAGAACACACACAGGAGAUAAGCCUCAUCACUGCUCCCAGUGUGGAAAGAGUUUUACGCUGUUAGGGAGCCUGAAACGACAUGAGAGAAUACACUCAGGAGAAAAGCCUCACCACUGCUCUCAGUGUGGAAAGAGUUUCAGCUGGUUAACAAGUCUGAAAAUACACGAGAAAACACAUACAGGGGAGAAGCCUUUCCACUGCUCCCAGUGUGGAAAGAGAUUUUCCCAGUUAGGGGACCUAAAAGGACAUAAGAGAACGCACACUGGAGAGAAGCCUUACCACUGCUCACAGUGUGGAAAGAGAUUCACCCGGUCAGGAAACCUGCAAAAUCAUGAGCUAACACACUCUGUAUAUAAGCCUUAUCACUGCUCCCAGUGUGAAAAAACGUUUUUUUCAUCAAAUGCCCUAAAACAACAUGAGUUAACACACGCUGAAGAGAAACCUUUCCACUGUUCCCAGUGUGGUAAGAGAUUUUUCUUAUCAGGGCACCUGAAAAGACAUGAGCUAACACACUCGGUGGAGAAGCCUUUCCACUGUUCUCAUUGUGAAAAGAGUUUUAAGAGUUUAUGGAACAUGAAAGUGCAUCAAAAAACACACACAAAGGAGAAGCCUUCCACUGCUCCCACUGUGGGAUGAAAUGUACAUGGUUUCAACAAUUGAAAGAGCAUGAAAGAAUCAACAGCUGAGAGAAGUUAUCAGUGGUCCCAGAGUGGGAAGGGAUAUAGUACAACACAUGGGGUUAGAGAAGUUAUCAGAGUGGGAAGGGAUAUAGUACAACACAUGGUGUUAGAGCCUUUUGUAAAAGAAAAUCUAUUGAAGAUAGUUUGGUUUAUUUAUUGUGUAUAAAAAAUGUUAUGAAAAGUAUUAUUUAGGUGGAAUAUCCCUUAUUACUUUGUUCCUAGAAUUGUAUUUAAAGGGUCACAUCUAAGAUGACGUGAGGGAACAUUUAUUUGAACAGGUGUAUGUAGUCGGCUAGGUAGAUGCCGAAUUAAGAUCGUUUUCAACCAUUCUUUUACCAUUAUUUAUACCAUUAUAUUUAAUAGUUUUUACCUUUUAUAAUUUGUGUUACUUUUUACUAUCCAUAUUAGCCAGUCUAUACAUACUGGAAAAUAACAUUUCUGUCACCCCUCAUCAACAGUGGUGUAAAGUUCUUAAGGAAAAGUACUUUAAAGUACUAUUUAAGUAGUUUUUUGGGGUAUCUUUACUAUUUUUGAAAACUUUUAUUUGAAUACAUUGCUAAAGAAAAUAAUGUACCUUUUCAAACUGUGUGACAAACCUGAACCUUCUUUUUGUGAAAUGAAGCCUACAAUAAAUAGGAUUUUGUUGAGCACAAUGUUGGGCCACUACACAUGUCCACUAGGGUACACAUGUCCACUAGGGUACACAUGUCCACUAGGGUACACAUGACUACUAGGGUACACAUGUCCACUAGGGUACACAUGGCUACUAGGGUCACUAGGGUACACAUGUCCACUAGGGUACACAUGUCCACAUGUCCACUAGGGUACACAUGUCCACUAGGGUACACAUGGCUACUAGGGUCACUAGGGUACACAUGUCCACUAGGGUACACAUGUCCACUAGGGUACACAUGUCCACUAGGGUACACAUGGCUACUAGGGCCACUAGGGUACACAUGUCCACUAGGGUACACAUGGCCACUAGGGUACACAUGGCCACUAGGGUACACAUGGCCACUAGGGUACACAUGGCCACUAGGGUACACAUGUCCACUAGGGUACACAUGUCCACUAGGGCCACUAGGGUACACAUGUCCACAUGUCCACUAGGGUACACAUGGCUACUAGGGCCACUAGGGUACACAUGUCCACUAGGGUACACAUGUCCACUAGGGUACACAUGGCUACUAGGGCCACUAGGGUACACAUGUCCACUAGGGUACACAUGUCCACUAGGGUACACAUGGCUACUAGGGCCACUAGGGUACACAUGUCCACUAGGGUACACAUGUCCACUAGGGUACACAUGUCCACUAGGGUACACAUGGCCACUGGGGUACACAUGGCCACUAGGGUACACAUGGCCACUGGGGUACACAUGUCCACUAGGGUACACAUGGCUACUAGGGUCACUAGGGUACACAUGUCCACUCGGGUACACAUGUCCACUCGGGUACACAUGGCUACUAGGGUCACUAGGGUACACAUGUCCACUGGGGUACACAUGGCCACUAGGGUACACAUGGCCACUAGGGUACACAUGGCCACUAGGGUCACUAGGUAGACAUGUCCACUGGGGUACACAUGGCCACUAGGGUACACAUGGCUACUAGGGUACACAUGGCUACUAGGGUACACAUGGCCACUAGGGUACACAUGGCUACUAGGGUACACAUGUCCACUGGGGUACACAUGGCUACUAGGGUACACAUGGCCACUAGGGUACACAUGGCUACUAGGGUACACAUGGCUACUAGGGUACACAUGGCCACUAGGGUACACAUGGCCACUAGGGUACACAUGGCCACUAGGGUACACAUGGCUACUAGGGUACACAUGUCCACUGGGGUACACAUGGCUACUAGGGUACACAUGGCCACUGGGGUACACAUGGCUACUAGGGUACACAUGGCUACUAGGGUACACAUGUCCACUGACUAGAUAGACUGCAUGUACAGAGACUGUCCUGACUAGAUAGACUGCAUGCACAGAGACUGUCCUGACUAGAUAGACUGCAUGUACAGAGACUGUCCUGACUAGAUAGACUGCAUGCACAGAGACUGUCCUGACUAGAUAGACUGCAUGUACAGAGACUGUCCUGACUAGAUAGACUGCAUGCACAGAGACUGUCCUGACUAGAUAGACUGCAUGCACAGAGACUGUCCUGACUAGAUAGACUGCAUGUACAGAGACUGUCCUGACUAGAUAGACUGCAUGUACAGAGACUGUCCUGACUAGAUAGACUGCAUGUACAGAGACUGUCCUGACUAGAUAGACUGCAUGUACAGAGACUGUUCUGACUAGAUAGACUGCAUGUACAGAGACUGUCCUGACUAGAUAGACUGCAUGUACAGAGACUGUCCUGACUAGAUAGACUGCAUGCACAGAGACUGGCCUGACUAGAUAGACUGCAUGUACAGAGACUGUCCUGACUAGAUAGACUGCAUGCACAGAGACUGGCCUGACUAGAUAGACUGCAUGCACAGAGACUGUCCUGACUAGAUAGACUCGUUUUUCAUGCACCUUGAUGUUGUUGAAAUACUGCAUUAAAGACAUUAGAUGUAAAAUUGCGCAACUAAAAUCUUCUCUGCAAAAAACGUCUAAAUUAUUUACAGAUUUCUUGAUUUAACUAAUGAAUUGAUUAAUUCUGACUAUUUUGGAACUGCAGUUGUCCUUUUAUAGGGUUAAAUCUAAGAUGGUGUGAGGGAUCUUUGAUUUGAACAGGUGUGCAGUGCAUUUGCUAAAAGACUCUGAGAUCAUGAGAAACAAGAUUCUCUUGUCUGAUGAUGAAUGCCAAGCGUCAUGCCUGGAGGAAACCUGGCACCAUCCCUUCGGUGAGUGGGAUAUUGUGAUGUCAUAAUGGGGUAUUGUGAUGUCAUAAUGGGAUAUUGUGUGAGUAGGUUGAUGAGGAAAAACAGUUUAAUCCAUUUUAGAAUAAGGCUGUAACGUAACAAAAUGUGGGAAAAGUCAAGGGGUCUGAAUACUUUCCGAAUGCACUGUAUGUAGCCUGCUAGAUAGAUGCCGAGUUAAGAAAUGCUUGUACCUUUUUACCAUCCAUAUCAACUGGAACCUGUCUAUGCAUACUGGAAACCAUUACCUGGACGUUCUUUAAAAGAAGGGGUUAUUUUUUAGAAUGUUGGGACAUUGUUUGAAGCCACAUCACAUGAACGUUUAUCAGGAAACACACACAAUGCUCCCAUUGUCUGAUAUCUGUGACUGAGAACACACACAAUGCUCCCAUUGUCUGAUAUCUGUGACUGAGAACACACACAAUGCUCCCAUUGGCUGAUAUCUGUGACUGAGAACACACACAAUGCUCCCAUUGGCUGAUAUCUUUGACUGAGAACACACACAAUGCUCCCAUUGGCUGAUAUCUGUGACUAAGAACGGGUUUGUGUUUAUACCACAUUAAAUCAAAUUGUACAAAGUGUACUCAAAAACACAAUCUGUAUGCUUUUGUUCAUUUUAAAACAUGAAUUGAACAUGGUGUGGGUAAUUUAGUUGGAUUUGUGUUAGUUUGAAUAAAGUGUCAGUUUAUCUUAA